AUGGAGGUUGUUUUGCAGUUUAGUUUUGCUGAGGUUGAUUGGGAGAAGCUAAGGGUUUCUGAUUAUAAAGUUAUGCCACGUGUUGCUGAUAAAAUAAAAUUGAUAGAUGGAUCAAGGGAAGCUCUUAAGCUUUCUGUAAGGAUCACUGAUCUUUGGUUCAUUGGGAUUCCCGGAAAGACUGAACAAGCCGAAAUGGUGGUUGUUGAUUCUGAUGGAGAUGAAAUCCAUGUUGUUUGCAAGCAGGAUCAGCUGAAGUCUCGCAAGGCUGAUUUGAAAGAGAAUUUUACUUAUUUACCUUUUAGGAAAUUCAGAUUUGUUUCUUUUUCUAGUGUCAUUGCUAGUGAUUUUAAAAUUGGACUCUUGGUUGAUGUUAUUGGCGUGGUUGAUGAAGUGGUAUUCCGAUAUGUGUCAUCCAAAAAUACGAGGGUUGUUUUGAAUUUAAAGGAUUUAAGUGGCCAGGUACUAUCCUGUACACUCUGGGAAAAUUACUGCUUACAAUUUUUGUCUUAUUUGAAUGAUAUUGAAGAUGAAAGGCCGAUCGUUAUUCUCUUGACUCAUGCUAGGAUUAAGGAAGCACAGGGAUCAUAUCCGGCAUCGGUCAGUAAUUCUUUCAAGGCGUCCAAACUCAUGAUCAAUGAUCUCGUGCUGGAAAUUCAAGAAUUUAGAGAGGAGUUUGUUUGUGUUACUGUCGCCAAGAUUAUAGCCGUAGUGAUGGACAACUAUUCAUGGUGCUAUCCGCCUUGUGGUCAAUGUUAUAAAAAAGCUAACAUGCAAACUGUGCUGUUCACAUGUUCGUGUGGCAAAGAGAAUGAUCAACCUGUACUGAGGUAUCGGGUUGAGGUGAUGGUUAGUCACAAGGGUGAACAAACCAAAUUUUUGAUCUGGGAUCAUGAAUGUGCACAGUUAAUUGGUCAGUCAGCGGAUGAAGUCAACAGGCUCAAAAUAGAAGAUGGGGAUGUUGAUUUAAAUGCCUCUCCUCAAGCAUUAGAUAGGCUAUUGGGUUGUUUCCUUGCAUUCAAAGUGAAGGUGCAACCAAGGUUCAGGAAUUCUGUUGUUCUUAAAUAUUCAGAUGAAUUAGAGUUGAUCAAUGUUGUGCUAGAUAUGAUUCCCGAUAGUGAGCAAUCUCUGUCUAUUACAGCUGAUCAUGAUCAGUCAAUGCUUGCCUCAAGUGAGCCUACAAAGUUUGAAUCUCAAUCUGUGUCUGUUACCGGGGAUCAUGACCCUCUUCUCAGGAUUCCAUUAACACCAACUAAGCGCGUAUCUUCUGAUGAGUUGGAUAAUGAGCGAAAAAACUUUGAGAUCUCACCUGCUGAAGUUUCCUCAAAAAAAUUAGCCAAGCAUUCUCAGCCUGAAUGA